GCCCAACGAGGCGCUGGUGGUUUCAGGAGGCUGCUGUGGUUCCGACUAUAAACAGUACGUGUUUGGCGGCUGGGCCUGGGCCUGGUGGUGUAUCUCCGACACUCAGAGGAUUUCCCUAGAGAUUAUGACGUUGCAGCCCCGCUGCGAGGACGUAGAGACGGCCGAGGGGGUAGCUUUAACUGUGACGGGUGUCGCCCAGGUGAAGAUCAUGACGGAGAAGGAGCUCCUGGCUGUGGCCUGCGAGCAGUUCCUGGGCAAGAACGUGCAGGACAUCAAGAAUGUCGUCCUGCAGACCCUGGAGGGGCAUCUGCGCUCCAUCUUGGGGACCCUGACCGUGGAGCAGAUUUACCAGGACCGAGACCAGUUUGCCAAGCUGGUACGGGAGGUGGCAGCCCCCGACGUGGGCCGCAUGGGCAUCGAGAUCCUCAGCUUCACCAUCAAGGAUGUGUAUGACAAAGUGGACUAUCUGAGCUCCCUGGGCAAGACUCAGACUGCCGUGGUGCAGAGAGAUGCCGACAUUGGCGUGGCCGAGGCGGAGCGCGACGCGGGCAUCCGGGAAGCCGAGUGCAAGAAGGAAAUGCUGGACGUGAAGUUCAUGGCAGAUACGAAAAUCGCAGACUCCAAGCGAGCCUUUGAGCUGCAGAAGUCCGCCUUCAGUGAGGAGGUCAACAUCAAGACAGCCGAGGCCCAGCUGGCCUACGAGCUGCAGGGGGCCCGCGAGCAGCAGAAGAUCCGGCAGGAAGAGAUUGAGAUCGAGGUGGUGCAGCGCAAGAAGCAGAUUGCAGUGGAGGCCCAGGAGAUCCUGCGCACAGACAAGGAGCUCAUCGCCACGGUGCGCCGCCCCGCCGAGGCCGAGGCCCACCGCAUCCAGCAGAUCGCCGAGGGUGAAAAGGUGAAGCAGGUCCUCUUGGCACAGGCAGAGGCUGAGAAGAUCCGCAAAAUCGGGGAGGCGGAAGCAGCAGUCAUCGAGGCCAUGGGCAAGGCAGAAGCUGAGCGGAUGACGCUCAAGGCUGAGGCCUACAAGAAGUAUGGGGACGCGGCCAAGAUGGCCUUGGUGCUGGAGUCCCUGCCCCAGAUUGCGGCCAAAAUCGCUGCCCCGCUGACCAAAGUCGAUGAGAUCGUGGUCCUCAGCGGGGACAACAGCAAGGUGACAUCGGAAGUGAAUCGCCUGCUGGCCGAGCUGCCUGCCUCCGUGCACGCCCUCACGGGUGUGGACCUGUCUAAGAUACCCCUGAUCAAGAAUGCCACCGGGGCACAGGUGUGAGGCUCCCGCAGGCCCACACCCUUCAGCAGCUGCCUGCCCCUCCCUCCAGCACCCGUUUUAAUACCGCAAGGACAACGGGGACGUUCCUGACUCUGGUGCCUUAUUUUGUAGGGACCAGAAGUGCUGUGUGUUCAGGCCAUCUCUGGCUGUCUUCCCUCCUUUCCCGUUUCUGUCUGUCACUUCCUCUUCCUCUCCUCUACCCCACACCCUCACUUUCACUGCCACAGUCAUCUGGGUUGUCUCUUCCACCCUCAUCUCCCUGGGUGUCUCUUUUGUCUGUAUGUCUUUUUCUGUCCCUCUCUCCUCUCACCCCCUACUCACAUCACGUGGUUUAAGCUGAAGACCUUUAUUAUAAUCACCGUCUGUCGGUGGGGGUGGCCCUGCUGCUCCUCAUAAUCCUGGUGCCUUGAAGUUCUCCGUGCAUCUGUCCAUCCUCCCUGUGGCCCUGGCCAGAGCUCAGCGUGGGUGCAUGGGUUCUGGGUCUGAUGGCCACUCUCCCUUCCCCUGGCCUGGUCCUCCCAGCCCUAAACUCUGCCCCAGGAAGCCCAUGGCCUCACCCGCACUGGCCCCUCUAGGCCUGGGUAGCCCUGGUCUGCAGGGCCCAGGGCCAUUGCCCGUCACUUCAUCCCUCCCUAGGCCAGGCCUGCUCUCAUACCCUGCCCUCCUUCCCCUACCCCAGGGCACAGAAGCAAGGCCUCCUGUCCAUAGCAGCUCCCUCAGUUUACUACUGCCUUAGGAGGCCCUGCUUGUGCUCAGGGAAGUCCUCUUCAGGGCCACGUCCCUGCUAGGUGGGGUGGGGCUCGAUCCCAGCUCCACUAAGCCUUUCUGGGAUCAGAAUCCAGCCCUGUUGGGGACAAGAAAGUGAGACCCUCUUCCCACUGCUGCGCUGUCCUGGGUAUCAGGCCCUUCCAGUGGGCAAGGCUGCGCCAACCCUGUACAGAAUCAAGUGCCGUCAACUGGCCAGACUCCAUAUCCUUUGUGCCAUCUUUCUUCCUGGCCAGGGUGAUAGGGUUCCGGCCGUGAGGUAGCUGCCCAAUCCUCUCGUCUCCUUAUGGUAAUGGAGGCAGAAGAGCCCGGGCCCCAGCGUCUGGGCAGGGCACUGUGGGAGUCCCGUGUCCCAGUCACCCACCCAGCCCUGCCCCAGCCUGUGUAGCUGUUCCUGCAUGUGGAUGCCGCAUGUCUGGUCCGGGGCUUGGAUGCUGCACUGCCCCCCAACCCCCGCCUGUCCCUUCCAGUAAAUAAAGAUCUCUUAUGCCCA